AUGUUAGCUCAAGGCCGUGUUCGUGAACGCUUUCCAGAUCUCCCGGUCCUCCACAUUGCUGACUGCACCGCUGCAGCCGCGCGCGGUGCUGGGCCGGUAGGUCUUCUUGGAACGGAGCCUACGAUGCGGGAUGGCUCCUGGUUGAAGGAGAGGCUUGCGCUCCACGGCGUCGAGGUUGUGGUGCCGCCCGCAGAGGAGGAUCGGCAGCGUUGUUAUAAGAUCAUUUGCGAUGAGCUCAGCUUCGAUAUCUUCACUGAGGAGUCCCGCAGAUUCAUGUCGGAGAUGGCGAGGAAGCUCCACGGCGAGUGGGGUGGCACGGGAGGUGUCAUUCUGGGCUGCACGGAGAUCGAGCUUUUACUGCGGCCAGGGGACGUGCCAGAUGUUCCUCUGUUCCGCUCAGCGGACCUCCACAUCGAUGCAGCAGCGCGCGUCCAAGCUGGCCAGGUCUCUCUCGAGUCUUUCUUGCCGCCAGCCAUGCUGAGCUAA